CUCCCAUGUUCUUUUUUUCUAUAUCAGUGUAUAUCCAUUUAGCAUAUUGCUGAAUUUGUAUCCAUAUAUACAUUAGAGAAUUACACACAUGAUAGAAAAUUGAAGGUUCAAUAGAUGGCUUUCUAUGGCUACAAUGAUGAUGAUGCUGGUGAGUACCAUUGGACUCCUAAUUUUAAUGUCUCUUAUGAUUAUGAUGCUUUUCCAAUGUCAUAUCCUUCCUAUGGGCAAAGUACUAAUUACAAUUACUACCAUACUACUCAAAUACAUCCACAAUUCACUUACUCUGUACACAACUCUGUUGAGCCAAAACUUAUCCAAUAUGAAAAGGGGGCUGAUUCAUUGGAGACAAGAACUGUAAUUUCUUGUUAUACCAAAGAACUGGAUGAUACUCAGUUUGAUGAAUAUGAUCCAACCCCUUAUGAUGGUGGUUUUGAUAUGGCGCAAACCUAUGGAAAACCCCUUCCUCCCUCAAAUGAAAUAUGUUAUCCUCGUUCGACCCUCAAGUCUAAUGGACUUCCAUUAGAUGGUUUCGACUAUGGAUCAAAUAAUUUGCCCUAUGUAAAUCACGCCAAUCAGCUAGAACAACUUCAGAAUCAAAAGAAAGGGAAUGGUGUUAAAGAUGAGCAAAAAUCUUCAUCUGGUGUGAAAGAAAAAACCAGUUUUGGAAAACCUGCUCAACAAGAUCAAGAUUUUGUAAUCGAUAAUGGGAAAACAGGGGAAAAACCCAUUCUUGAAAAACCAGUAGAACCCCUUCAACAAGAUCAAGAUUUUGUAGUUGAUAAUGGGAGUAUAGGGGAAUAUGGAUAUGAUUAUGGGAGGCAAUUGCAACAAAUUCCAUAUGGUUCAGGUUUGGAAUCCAUGGAUUUAUGUGAGAGCUUAUUUGGUUACUGGCCUUGCAUAGCUAAGGAAACUCAGAGAAGAAAUUGCAACUGUGCAAAUGUUGUUGAAGAUAACAGCAGCAGCUACAAUGAACAAUGGAAAUGUACUGCAGAUUAUCUGUUUGGGAAUCCUUAUGGAUAUGGUGGUGAUGGAGGAGAUUGGGAUUGUGUUUAUAGCAAUCAAAGUUACUAUAAUCAUCAGCAACAACUUUGAUUUAAUGAAGGAUUGGUAAAGAAAUACCUUAAUGCUUCAAAUAAUAAAAUAAAUAUAAAUCUUAUCAUAGUUAGGCUGUGUAGCUUUUCCUUUUUUCCUUUUAGUCAUUAUCAUUAUUGCAACUGUUAAUUACACUUUUGAUCCCUCAAUUAUUAGUAACUUGCAAUUAUGCGGCUGAACU